UAAGCAUUCACAUCCCAAAAUUCCCAAGUCCUAACACGUAUCCAUCCCUAUUCUAGUAUUCUGAUAACUCUCAAGCUCUUGAUGAUAUCACCAUGUCCGCGUCGCCGUUGCGACGACGGCGAGCACCAUCUCCAGCUUUCCAGCUGCUCCUCGACGCCACGCAGCCGCAGAUGCCCUCAGCUCUGAUGAUUUCUACGCUGGCGAGCCUGAGAAAAACCAGUGGCAGAUGCGCUCACCAUGGGCAAGGCCGGUGACGCCGAGCAAGCGGUGCACAGCACUGCGCCGGCGGCCGGCCACGGCUCCGCCGUCCGCCGGUACGCCGCCACGAUUGGCGGGGCUGUCGAUGCCAAGUGUGUCCUUGUGCUGUUCCUCUCCAUCGGCGUCUUCGUGCUGGUCCUCUUCAUGCUUCUUCCUCUCCAUGACCAUGCAUCAGAAACCAUCCCUGAUGAUGACCCUGGGGUACUUCCUGGUGAAAUUCAGGCUAGCUUCUUCUUGUUAAAGAAACGUCAACAGCUCAUUCCACAUGUCAGAAGGCUACAAAAGGACAUAUACAGAGAAAUAGGGAUCCCCAAUACUACGGUUUCGGUUUCUAUGCAUACAUCCAAAUAUAAGGAUUCCACUUAUGUAAAAUUUGGUAUUCUACCGAACCCAAGAAAUUCCUCCAUAAGUGCACAAUCCAUUAUUGCCCUGAGAAAAAACUUGAUACAACUUACGCUUGAGCAGUCGAAUUUAUCUUUGACAUCAUCUGUCUUUGGAGAUCCACAUUGCUUGGAGAUCUUGGGGUUCCCAGGAGGGAUCACGGUGCCUCCACCACCUGAUGGCAAUAUAUGCCCAACAGCUCUUUUCAAUGUCACACUCAACAUGACUAUACAACAACUAAGGGUGCACCUCAAGGAGCUAGAGAGUGAGCUUAGAAUUAUAUUGCAGCUGACACCAUAUGAGGACUUAAUUGUAGAGAUAACAAAUGAAAAUGGUUCGACGAUCAACCUGCCCGUUACAGUCCACAUUUUAAUUGCCCCAAACUAUCCUAGCAAUUAUCUAGAAACCUACAGACUGAAACAACUAGCCCAAAUCAUCAUUAAAUUAAUUCCAAAAAACCUUGACCUAAACCCAAUAUUUGGCAUGAUUGAGAAUUUGUGGCUGUCACCAUGUCUACAAAGUUAUAUUCCAUCAUGUGCUCCUAAUCCAGCUCCAGCUCCAGCACCAUCACUAUCCCCAUCCAAUCCUGAACAUCCACAGCCAACUACCACCAAGCCUUAUGGAAGUUUUUCAUGCCCGGCUUUGGAAAGAAGAAAAACUGUCUCUGUACAUCGCAGGUUAUCGACGAUAUCUCCCAUGAUGGUACCACCAGAAAUACCGACGAGGUUUGAUAGUUGGAGUGUACACACUGACAGGAAAAAUCGCUCUCCACUUGCAAAACCAAUGUCCCUUGUGCCAGCAUCCCCAUCAAAAUAAGCCAGUGCCUUCAGGUCAGAUAACUGUUGUUACUGUCUUCUGCAGUUGAUUCUACACUUGUUCCUUCAAUGUGAUUUUGUCAGUUACAUCCAAGGUUGCAUGAAGUGCUUCUGAGCGAAAGUCCUACACUAAUGCAGAGUAAUGCUCAAGAAAUCUUAACCAAGUGUAUAUAUGAAAUGGUUAAGUUCUCUUUUUGACCAAAAACACUGUAGGGGAAAUGGUUAAGUUCUUUAGCAGUAAGAUGGAAAACCUCCAGCUACGGGUGGUUAACCAUAAGUUUCUUUAAUGCGUUCAGAGAUUUUUCAUCCAAACAGCUUGUGCAUUUGCAUGAGUUAUAUAGAUUGCUCUUGUCCCAAAGAACCAUUCUGUGAGUAUAUGGGUAACAUCUUGUGCUCAGAUGCUCGCUUAUCUGUAUUUUUAUAGCGAUACGGAUGAUUAUCAAUUAUAUAAGCAAGCACAACUUA